AUGUUGCGCUCCUCUUCGACAGCGCCUUCCACCAAGCAGAAGUAUGAACGUGUUGAUAACACCAACGAUGAUGAAGAAGAAGAACCAAGCAAGAAGAAACCCAUCAUCAACAAAGCCCAAAAUAUGGAAACCAUGAGUCGACUGCUUAAGAUGGCGCAACCGGAACGUUAUCUCAUGAUCAUGUCGGCCGUGACAAUGACCUUUAGCUCUGCCGUUUCCCUCGCGGUUCCAAAGUUUAGUGGACGAAUUAUUGAUAUCAGCAUCCAUCAGAAAGACGAACAAGACGAUGACGAUCCAUCCGCCUUUCGACUUUUGAUGAUAUUGUUAGGUAUCAUGACCAUUUCAGGUGUUGCUGGUUUCUUUCGGAUACUGUGGCAAGCUCAAGCAGGACACCGCAUGGUGGCUCGCCUGCGUCGAAAACUCUACGUUGGCAUUCUAUCACAAGAUGCCGAAUACUUUGAUUCCAUGAAGCAAGGAGAUAUCAUAUCAAGAUUAUCCUCGGAUGCCGAUUUGGUACAGUCGGCUGUGACAGAUCAAGUCUUGGGACUAUUACGAAACAUGGUCAUGUCGAUUGGAGCUGUGGCCAUGCUCUUUCACACGUCGAUAUCCCUGGCACUGAUUUCGGUUGCCAUUCUGCCGCCCAUUGCCAUUUGCGCUCGCUUUGUGGGACGACGCAUGCGAGAUCGACAAAAACGAGUCCGCGAGUUGCAUGCCUCAGCCACCUCCUUGGCAGAACAGGCACUGACCUGCAUUCGUACCGUUCAACAGUUUGUGGCCGAAUCUCAUGAAGCGCAGCAAUAUCAUCAAGCCGUCAAUGAAGCACAUGCAGAGGGAAUCAACAAUGCCAAAUUGCGUGCCUUAUUUGGUAGUACGAUGCAACUGAUUCUCAAUUUGGCGGUCCUAUGUGUUCUCGGAUACGGUGGUGUGCAAGUGCAAAAGGGAGAGCUGACUCCAGGCGACUUGGCAGGUUUUGUCAUGUACUCGGUAAUGAUGGGAGCGGCAGUCAGUGGCAUCUCCAGCCAAUACAUUGAUCUCAUGAAAGCUGUUGCCGCGGCCAGUCGAGUCUUUGAGAUUAUUGAUCGAGAGCCAGCCAUUCCAUCUCCCAACCUAGAUAUUGUCGAGAAUGAAACCUUGGAGAACAUCCUUCCCACCACUGGCAACAAGGAUGGAAUAAUAGUAAAACAAGAUGGAAUUGAAAUGAUGGAACGGGGUGACUUGAGCAAGUCACAUGGUCAACCAAAACGUGACAUGGUCCCCAUGUCGGUUGACUUCAAGGAUGUUUCCUUUGCCUAUCCAACGAGGAAGGAGUCAUUGAUUUUGAAGGGACUCAACCUUUCCAUCAGUCCAGGACAAGUUGUGGCCCUAGUUGGUGGUAGUGGCGCUGGAAAGUCUACCAUUACAUCACUAUUGACACGAUUGUAUGAUCCACAAGAUGGAAGUGUGACUAUUGGCGGCCAAUCAUUGACCGAAAUGGAACCUCAAGAGAUUCGUCAAAAGGUUGGAAUUGUGGUGCAGGAACCCUUGCUCUUUCCCACCACGAUUGAAGACAACAUUCGCUACGGAUCUCCGCAUGCCACUAAUGAAGAAGUUCGAGAAGCGGCACGAUUGGCCUAUGUCUUGGAAUUUGCUGACAAGUUUCCAGAUGGUCUCCAAACACUCGUGGGACCAAGAGGAACCCAACUCUCUGGUGGUCAGAAACAACGAGUUGCCGUCGCUCGAUGCAUUCUCAAGAAUCCACCGAUUGUGGUAUUCGAUGAAGCGACAAGUGCCUUGGAUGCAGUCUCGGAAGCAGAAGUCCAAAAGGCAAUUGACAUCGCGUGUCAAGGUCGUACGGUUAUCUUGGUGGCCCAUCGUUUGUCGACCAUUCGCAAUGCUGGCUCCAUUGCCGUUCUUCGGGAUGGCGAAGUGGCCGAGAUGGGAUCCUUUGAUACACUCAUGAAGACAGAUGGGGCAUUCCGUCAACUCAUGGAGAAGCAGCUGGUACAGUGA